CCUCCUGCACGCACUCUCUCUUCAUAACGAAGGCUGUAAUUCAUUGACAAUGGGUGGCUUGUUCUCCAAAGGAUUCGACCCUACGAAGGAUAUCUCAGACCUGUCGGGGAAAGUGAUCAUCGUGACGGGGGGAAAUGCCGGUAUCGGUUACGCUACUGUUCAACACCUCGCACGCCAUGGAGCUAAAGUCUACUUAGCGGCUCGCAGCGAGGAGAAAGCUAAAGCUGCAAUCGAGAGGUUGAAGAAGGAGGGCUUGGCACCUGAAAAUGGUGAAGUCAUUUGGCUUGAGCUAGAUCUGAGUGACCCAAAGAAAGCAAAGAAGAGUGCUGAGCAUUUCCUGAACAAGGAGAAGAGGUUAGAUGUGUUGAUCAACAACGCUGCCAUGUUAUUAACACCUUAUGCGAAGUCUCUUUAUGACAUUCAGGAUGUUAUGGUCGUGAAUCAUCUCAGUCCGUUUGUGUUUACCAUUACCCUCCUGCCUCUCUUGAAGGAGACAGCGAAACUCCCGGGAACCGAUGUUCGCAUUGUUAACGUCUCUUCUGAUGCAAUCAAGAUGCUUAAGAGUGUUCAUUUUGCCAAUAAGGAAGACUUCAACGAUGAGCACGCGAAGGCUUUGAUCCCUGCCAUGGCUCGUUACGGACGUUCGAAGUUGGCCAACGUUUUGUUCACCAAAGAACUCCAACGUCGUCUAGACGAAGAAGGUGUUCCUAUCAUCGUUCUUUCGCUUCACCCAGGAGGUGUCGACACGGAUGGGAAUCAAGCCUUCAUCAAACGUUCUUCCGCUCUGUUGAGGCCUCUCUUUAAGGCCGUUACUGCACUGUUUUUUGUUGCUCCUAGUAAAGGUGCUACUUCCUCCGCUUUCGCCGCCGCCGCACCUGUUGUUAGAGCUGAACCUGAGAAGUACAAGGGAGUGUAUCUGACGGAGAAGGCGACUAUCAACAGUGGAACGCCAGAUGCGAACAAUACGGAGUUGGCGAAGGAACUUUGGGAGACAACGGAGAGUCUCUUGAAGGAGAUUGACGUUUGAGAUUUCGAAUCGGCAUGUGUUUACUAUUAUGGAUCUUUACUCAGUAUACCCGGCUUCGCGAUAUACACCUUAACAUUGUGCCACGACAGAUGCUCUUGUUAGGCAUGCUUCGCACUUUGACGCGGUUCGCCUCCAUUUCCACCUCCGUUCCAGCGCACCGCUCUUUCAUUCGCACCCAGGUGACAACAUCAGCUGCCUGCUUUGCGCCCAAUUGAUGCUCAUCUCGCAUUCUGGCGCUGAGAGUGUCAGUAGCUCGCAUUCGGCGACUUUUCGCUCAGCAACUCCCUUCCGCUCAUGCCACGCAGUCAUGUGCUGCAGUCAAGAAUGGUAAGCGUGCGUCGCCGGGCGGCGCCCCUUACUGCGACCCAGUUGUUUCCUAAUGGAUGGCGAGAAAACAAACAAGACGUACUAUCAUCAUUUUCGAUCUCAUCGUCGAGGACUGUAGAUGUCAGACAGCUCUCCC